AUGGAAUAAAUUAAAGAAAAAUUACCAGAUGUUUCUAGCAUACCAGGGAUAAUGUUUUACUCCUUUAUAUCAUAUUGGUUAAUAUUUGCGUUGAGUAUGGUUGUAGAUAGGUUGAUGUUUUCAGGAAAAAGUAAUGAAAAUACCAAAAUGAAGAAAAUAAUCAAAGCAAGAGAUGUUAAAAAAUAAUAAGCAGAUAAACUAUUAAAAAAAAUUGAUAAUGUGACGAAAUGA